CAGUCCAUCUCGUGUCGGAUUUCUGCGCUUAACUGCAAAUGUUUUCGUAUUAUCACUGGUGAUUAGAGUUGGUUCUUUUACCUGGUCUUGUUCUGUCAACAUUCAGUUUUAAACCAUGUCAGCAGUACUCUCCUUGGAACGUCAAACCUGACUUGGUUUCUUUACCGGACUCUUAUUCAAAUCACCAACACAUAGGCGACCAACUGACAGACGAUCGGGAGUCGGCUGUUUUACCUGUCUUCAAACUUUAGGCAUGGACAACGGUUGCACCAAAUGUAGUCUCUUCAAGGCAAUCUGAAAAAAGUAAUAUGUUCGUCGAUAAAGCUAUUUGGGACUAUUGACAGCAGAAACCGAGUGGCGUUGAAAAACCACUCCCGUUCUCCCAGUCAUCGCAGGAUUCAACCGUCAUUAACUGUGUACUAAUGGGAAUGUCUGGUGUUAAAAUAGCUCGAAAACUCAAUCUAGGAUUGCUCGGAGCUGACGAGAAAUAGAGCGAUUCUUCCAUAACUCAGGAUAUAGACCCACGCCUCAACUGGAGUUGAUUUAUCUGUGGAAGACCUGCUGCAAAUGGCUGCCCUCCCUGCAUCACCGAGAUGGAAAACAGGAUUGUCAAUACAACGUGGCCUGACGAAUAGCGGCAAGUGAAGAUGUCGCCUCCGCCGCUGUGAAAUCAAUGGGGAGUACUUGCCAAUGCGAAGAGCCUUUGAAGGUUUUGACAGCUGCACGUUUGGGAGGCCCGAUACUUUGCCUUUGAUUGUACGCCUUGCCUGUAAGCGGAUCUAAAGUGGAUUGUUGCUGCUAGCGCUGUGUUUGCCGUGAAGCCCGGUUCGAGUGUGUUUCUGCUGGUGAGGCAAAGGGAGCAUGCCCCCUCAGAGGCCCGGCCGUCUGAGGCUGCACCCCGCCUGGAGGGCCAUGCAGCCGCGGCUGGGCGUAGGUUUGGGCCUGGACCUCACCUUCCUGCUCUGGAUACUGAGCCUUGCCCAGCAGGCCCUGGUCACGGCCUCGCAGAAACUGGACGAGAGCGACCCCGUUGUCGCCACGGUCUACGGCAAACUGCGGGGUGUCAAGAAGGAGCUCAAUAACGAGAUCCUGGGACCCGUCGUUCAGUUCCUGGGCGUGCCCUAUGCCGCACCCCCCACCGGCGAGAGGCGCUUUCAGCCCCCGGAGCCGCCCAUCUCGUGGCCGGAGGUCCGCAACGCCACGCAGUUCGCCCCGGUCUGCCCGCAGACCAUCGUGGAGGGUCGACUGCCGGACGUCAUGCUGCCUGUGUGGUUUACUAACAGCCUGGAGAUAGUGUCUUCUUACGUACAGGACCAGAGCGAGGACUGCCUUUUCUUAAACAUAUACGUCCCCACAGAGGAUGUCAAAAGAAUAUCCAAGGAAUGUGCCAGGAAACCGGGCAAGAAAAUAUGUAGACCGGGAGGUCCCCUUACAAAGAAACACAAUGAUGAUGAUUUAGGUGAUAAUGACGGGGCGGAGGAUGAAGACAUCCGUGAAAGUGGCAGCCCCAAGCCCGUGAUGGUGUUCAUCCAUGGGGGAUCCUACAUGGAAGGCACUGGGAAUAUGUUUGACGGCAGCAUCUUGGCAAGUUACGGCAAUGUUAUCGUCAUCACCGUGAACUACCGGCUCGGAGUAUUAGGUUUCUUAAGCACAGGGGACCAAGCUGCCAAGGGAAAUUACGGGCUUCUUGAUCUGAUCCAAGCCCUGCGCUGGACUAGCGAGAACAUUGCUUUCUUUGGCGGUGACCCUUUACGAAUAACUGUUUUUGGAUCAGGGGCUGGCGCCUCCUGUGUCAACCUCUUGACCCUGUCUCAUUAUUCAGAAGGUAACCGUUGGAGCAAUUCAACCAAAGGGCUCUUUCAGAGAGCUAUAGCGCAGAGCGGCACUGCGUUGUCCAGCUGGGCUGUCAGUUUCCAGCCUGCUAAGUACGCUCGCAUGUUGGCCAAGAAGGUGGGCUGCAACACGCCGGACACUGUGGAGCUGGUGGAAUGUCUGCAGAAGAAGCACUAUAAGGAGCUGGUGGACCAAGACAUCCAGCCUGCACGGUAUCACAUUGCAUUCGGUCCUGUUAUUGACGGUGACGUGAUCCCCGACGACCCCCAGAUUCUUAUGGAGCAGGGCGAGUUCCUGAACUAUGACAUCAUGCUGGGUGUCAACCAAGGUGAGGGCUUAAAGUUCGUGGAGCUCAUCGUAGACAAUGAGAACGGCGUCCAGGCCAACGAUUUUGACUACGCCGUAUCCAGCUUUGUGGACGACCUGUAUGGUUACCCAGAGGGCAAGGACAUUCUGAGGGAGACCAUCAAGUUCAUGUACACAGACUGGGCUGACAGGCACAACCCAGAAACCAGGAGGAAGACUUUACUGGCCCUGUUCACUGACCACCAGUGGGUGGCUCCAGCCGUGGCUACAGCAGACCUCCACUCCAGCUUUGGAUCGCCAACAUACUUUUAUGCCUUCUACCAUCACUGCCAGACGGAGCAGGUGCCCCCCUGGGCUGACGCAGCCCACGGUGAUGAGAUUCCCUAUGUGUUUGGCCUGCCCAUGAUUGGCCCCACAGAGCUGUUCCCGUGUAACUUCUCCAAGAAUGACGUCAUGCUCAGCGCUGUGGUGAUGACCUACUGGACAAAUUUCGCCAAAACUGGUGACCCCAACCAGCCAGUCCCCCAGGACACCAAGUUCAUCCAUACUAAGCCCAACCGCUUUGAGGAGGUGGCGUGGACGCGCUACAACCAGAAGGACCAGCUAUACCUCCACAUCGGCCUGAAGCCCCGUGUCAAGGAACACUACCGGGCCAACAAAGUCAACCUCUGGCUGGAGCUGGUUCCCCACCUCCACAGCCUGAACGAGGUCACCCAGAUCAUCUCCACCACCACCAAGGUCCCUCCGCCAGAUGUCACCCCCAGGACGCCAAAGAAGAUCCCGGUCAACACCAAGAAGCCUAACCCCACGCCAUUCCCCACCGAGACGCAGGAUAGUCAAAACCAGCCCUUCCUGGUGGACCAGAGGGACUACUCCACUGAGUUGAGUGUCACCAUCGCCGUGGGCGCCUCGCUGCUCUUCCUCAACAUCUUGGCCUUUGCCGCCCUCUACUACAAGAAGGACAAGCGGCGGCAUGACGUGCACCGGCGCUGCAGCCCCCAGCGCAACACGGCCAACGACCUGGCGCACACACAGGAGGAGGAGAUCAUGUCCCUGCAGAUGAAGCACACAGACCUGGACCACGAAUGCGACGCCAUGCACCCGCACGAGGUGGUCCUGAGAACUUCCUGCCCGCCGGACUACACGCUGGCCAUGCGCCGCUCUCCCGACGACAUCCCCCUCAUGACCCCCAACACCAUCACCAUGAUCCCCAACACCAUGCAGGGCCUUCCGUCCUUGCAUAACUUCAACACCUUCCCCAGUAGUGGACAGAACAACACCCUGCCUCACACCUUGCCCCACCCACACUCACACUCCACCACCAGGGUAUAGCCAAACGGCCGCUGAAACACGCAGCACGCGCCAGUGCUCACACCCAGCCCGAAUUCAAAACGGAUGUGGAAUUACUUCUACUCCUGUGAAUAUAUGAAGGGAAUAUAGCGAUUUUGCUGGGACGGGAGAAGGAUUUCAUUUUCUAUAAAAGAAGAUAUGAGAUAAAAGUACAAAAAUAUUUGAAAUGAAAAAAUACAUAAAAAUAAACAAAGGGAAGGAUACUUUUUAUUUCUGGUAUCGCAACAAAACACUGUCAACUUUUCCAGCUGCAGAUAUCACCUUCUGAAUUUUUCUAAAUGAUUGCUUGAUCCUGUUAUCUUGGAAAAGAGAGAAACCUCAACGAACCCUCAGAGGAGUAGUAGGGCCGCUUUGUAAAUGAAAGAAAACAUAUUGUUUUCCUGAGGCAUCUAACUGUAGAUUACUCUUUCUAGAGCCAAGAGGAGAUGCUGCCCAACCAAUUUAGGCAUGUAUUCCUCUACAAGUAGAGGCAAUGUAAGAUAUGACAAAAAACUAUCUGGAGAAAGGGGAAAAACUCUUAAAGAAUAUGCACAAUGUAGACAAUUUCCAAAUGUCUUGGAAUCUUUUCAUCAAUUUAUUUUUGGGGAACAGUUUUAUUGUAUAGAAUCUAUUUACAUAUCUAGAUAUGUACACAAAGCACCAAUGCUGUUUAAGUCCUUCUUGGGCGUCAAUACCGCAAAUCUGCCAGCAGAACAAAAUAGGAGGGAUCCACUGGCUUUCUGGCAGAUACAGCUUCAUCACACAAGUGCUGUCUAUACCGAGAGCUGGAGGACAAAGGAUACUGGAUAUUUUUAGCACGACGCGCAUGACAAUUUAUCUGCUUGAUGGCUGUUCUGCUGAUUAAGUCAUAAUUAAGAAUAUUUUUCAUCCCCAUUGGAUUAGUUUGAAGGAACACUACAGAUUGGCUAACAAACCACCGGAUUUUGGGAAAUGUUAUAUGGGUGAAGGCAAUGGUUCGUACUUGGGGAUAGCCAUGGGGUGGGUGGGCUUAUGGUAAUUACAGUACGUACACAAUAGCUUGAGUGAAACAUGGGUAUGAGGACUAGUUUUGUACAAUGUGUGUUGGUACAACUUUUUGAUAGCGGCGAAUCACUCGCAGUUUGGGACCCCGAAUGGAGGGACCUUUCAUUGUACUCUUUUAGUUUGGAUCAAUGUUCUUUGCUAUUAUACAUAUUGGGUUUCUCAUCACUGCUCUUGAGUAGUCCAAUGCCACUUUGUCAUAUAAAAGUAAUUAUCUGCACUGUUUAUUCAUUUUGUUGUAUUUUUUUUUUUCGUAUGAAUGAUCCCUGAACACAAAGCGUGCCCAAGGCUAUGAAGAAGGAAGGUGAGGGAAAGGGAACAGUUGAAACCACUUGACUGCCUAGAUUUUCUUGCUUCCUAUUAUGCUUUCAUAAAGUAUGUUCCGUAACGCUGUUUAAAGAUUCAUGCGUAUAAAUGUGUAAUUGAAGCGAGGAGGCCCUCAGCUGACAUCGUGGAUUAGGGGAUCCUCUCAUCGUGUUGUGCCUGCAACCUAACAGCAGGUGGAGAGCAGAGAGAGAGGGAGAGAGAAAACAGGAGAGCAGGGGCUCUCCCAGUGAGUGAACAGUGAUCAGUCAGAUUCUCCCUCACUGCAGUAGAACUGCUCAGAACCAGCCAGCUAACACCCUAGUCUCUUACAGAGUAAUUGCCGUCAGCUUCAGUUCUGGUUUUGUUUUCUCCUUAAUUUUCUACUGAAGUUGCUCUGCUGUAUUGUCUCAGAUUUGGACUUUAAGCUCUCGCCGUUCCAUAGCAUGGUUUACUCACGAAACACGCCUUUUUGUCACAUUGUACAAGCCUGUGGGCAUGUUACCAUGACGGCCCCGUUAACCCCUAGACUGCCCUUAGUGAGUGGUUGUUCCAUCUCAUUGCCAGAGUGAACCUUCCCUCUGCCAGUUAGCUCAAGCCAGGGGAGUAACAGUGUCACCCAAAUUCAAACCAGACAUACUUGCUUACAGGAAGCUGUUGAGGGGAAAAUAGUUAUCUCUAAACAGACAAAAGGGCUGCUGCAAUCAAGCAGAGAGUGUUGAAAACAUUUACAGGACCCAUAAGACAUCAAGCAUUUAGAGAACAAGUUAAUUUUCCUUUCAGAAAAGGCCUGGAUGAUUCACUCCCUCUGAAUCCUUUACAUUUUGUUGCACUAAAGUAAUGCAAAGUAUUAACAUAACCCUGCCAAACAAUAUGUCGACAAGGGAUACUUUACUGGAGGAGGUAAAGAUGAAUUGUAAUGACACAUCGCAUGGCCCAAAACUAACACCGAAGCAGUUUCACCAGGCUAUAAUGCAGUGGUGUGACCUCUUAAUAAGGCAACUCACCGAUAAAUGACACAUGGAGGGAGAGAACCGCCCAGCGAAUUAAACGUGUAAUUGCACUACGGAUAAACGAUCAAGUGAUAAUGGAUGCCAACAUUGGAGAUUUGGCAGGAGAGGCUAAAAAAGCACUUACUCUAGCACACAUGAUAAAUGACUGGGGUUUAAGAAAUGCGGGCAGAGAACCGAAUGCUGCUUCUGAGGCACAGAAGACCUCUGACACAGAGUCUGUCCUAAACAGCUUCGGCACUGCGUACCGUACUAGGGGGGACUGUAAACACUUAAAAAUGAGACCACUCCCCGCCGAAAAAAAAAUCCCUCACUCUCCACCUUUUCUAUUCAGUUAAUAGCCAUAUGAAUAUGGAUAGUUGCUGCUCGCUGUACUCUCUCUCCACCAUGCUCCCUCAGAGUGCUGUUAAGGUUUAAUGAGCCCAUGGUGAAAGAGAACUAGUGAGGGCUCCUCCCUCUAAAUUUGCAUGCAGGACUUCAAGAAGGUGAGAGAGAGAAGGGUUGUACCUGAAACUAUAACGUGACUAUGUGACUCAGGUCUGACAUGUUAACCAGGCCUGGACAGAGGGGGGCCAAGCAUUGUGAAUGAAUGUAAUGCAAUGAGUGCCAUUUUGUAAAAAAGUAGAAGAAAAAAAUUGCCACACAGCAUCACUGAGAUUCAUGAAGAGUUUUAAGAUCUGUAAAAGGGUUUUUGCUCUUUCAAAAUGUCUCUGAAAAGGGCGCUAUGUGAGUGGGUAUGACAGUUGUAUUGUAGAUUAUUUGUCACUUGUCUUUCUUUCUGGUUAUAUAGUAAUUACUCUUCUGGAGCACAAUAAAUGAUUUUAAUAAGCUGAAUUAGCAUUGCUGCAACUCUUUAUUUACCCAUUAUGUUUGUUCAAUAGUCUGAUUUGAUUCAAUUCUAGACACACAGUUAAAUAAUGCUUGACUGAACAUCAAGUGGUCUGUCACACACCGCUGGGCUUCUUCGCUAGGACUAUAGGGCUUCAUGUUGAUGUAUCCUAGAUUUAAAACCUCGGAAAUUGGACUCUUGCAUGGCUAAACAGCCAACUGAAUUCAACCAAUAAUAUGUAAAAAACAAUUAAUCUUUUCAAGGGUUAUGUACAAACCAAAACACAAACAAACACUUAAACUGUUUUCACAUUAGUUACACAGAAGACAUUUAGCUAUUGCGUGUGACAAUUUCAUUAUUAUUUUUUUUUACAUACCUUGUAUUUCUUUGUGAAGUAACAGAAGCCCAAUAUAUAAUAUCCAUUCAAAUUAUAAUGUAAUAUUAAAUGUACCAGGAAAUGGUUUCUCAUUUGCUACCUGCUUGGGAAAAGGUAAAAAAGUAUUUUCCGGCAUACUGUACUUAAACCCAUACUUUUCUUACUCCACCUUGCUUGCUGCAAAUUUGAUGAACUUGAAAUGUCAUUAUUGAACACAGAGAAGCAAUUUCCAUUGCUGUAAUGGUGUGCUUCCUUACAUGUUUCAUGUGGGGAACUAUCAAGUGCAGCAGGGUGGGCAAAGUAUGGACAUUCUGUAAGAAAAGGAUGUCAAAAAUAUUUUUUUGCUGAUUUGAAUUAAGAAAAUACCUCUUUAUGUUUGUUAUUGUGAACUAGUAAAUUAUACAUACGUUCCACAAAAUGCCAGUGUUGAGCUAAUUUAGACAAAACACCUAGAAUCCACAGCCAUGUUUUUUGCAUUUAUAAUGAACCAGUGGGUGCAAUAUCUGUUAUUUAUUUCUGUGUAUAACGCUCUAUUUAGCUUAAUAAUACAAUGAUAGUGGUAUCCCAUAAUUUCAGCUGCUGCAUUUUAUAACAUAUCAUGCAAGGUGACAAAUACAAUCACUACAGGGUGUCAAACCGGUUCCACGAAGGGCCG